GUUAUGAGUACUCAGUUCACCACAUACCUCUUUAAAACCUCUGCCUAUGGAGACCAUGAAUAAAGAUUUUGAUUGAAAGCAAAGACAUCAAACUGUUAUCUUACUGGAUGAUCUGAGAAUAUAAGAACAAAAUGAGUUAUUAUGGCAGCAACUAUCGGAUUGUGAACAUGGAGGGGAAUGUGCCCAAAUAUACUAACUAUCACCCAGAGCACAUUAUAAGUGAGAAGCGAAGAGCAAGAAGACGAUUGCUUCACAAAGAUGGUAGUUGCAAUGUAUACUUUAAGCAUAUUUUUGGAGAAUGGGGGAGUUACAUGGUUGAUAUUUUCACCACCCUUGUGGAUACGAAAUGGCGCCAUAUGUUUGUGAUAUUCUCUUUAUCCUAUAUUCUCUCUUGGCUGAUUUUUGGCUUAAUCUUUUGGGUGAUAGCCCUUCAUCACGGAGACCUGUUAAAUGAUCCAAAUAUCACACCUUGUGUUGACAAUGUCCAUACUUUCACAGGAGCAUUCUUAUUCUCUCUUGAAACUCAAACCACUAUAGGCUAUGGCUCUCGCUGUGUCACUGAAGAAUGUUCUGUGGCAGUGCUUGUCGUUAUACUUCAGUCAAUCUUGAGCUGCAUCAUAAACACCUUCAUCAUUGGAGCUGCCUUAGCAAAAAUGGCAACAGCUCGAAAGAGAGCCCAGACCAUUCGAUUCAGUUAUUUUGCCCUCAUAGGCAUGAGAGAUGGGAAACUUUGCCUUAUGUGGCGCAUUGGUGAUUUUCGACCAAACCAUGUAGUAGAAGGAACAGUAAGAGCUCAGCUUCUUCGCUAUGUGGAAGAUAGUGAAAGACGGAUGACAAUGGGAUUUAAGGACCUAAAACUGGUCAAUGACCAGAUCAUUCUUGUGACUCCAGUGACCAUUGUCCAUGAAAUUGAUCAUGAGAGCCCUUUGUAUGCCCUUGAUCGUAAAGCAGUAGCCAAAGAUAACUUUGAGAUUUUGGUGACGUUUACUUAUACAGGUGAUUCUACUGGAACUUCUCACCAGUCACGAAGUUCCUAUGUCCCCCGAGAAAUUCUCUGGGGCCAUAGAUUCAAUGAUGUUUUAGAAGUGAAGAAAAAAUACUACAAGGUAAAUUGCUUACAAUUUGAGGGAAGUGUUGAAGUAUAUGCCCCCUUCUGCAGUGCCAAGCAGUUGGACUGGAAAGACCAGCAGCUGCAUAACCUUGAGAAAACAUCCUCAGGCAAAGGAUCAGGAACUACUGAAACCAAGGUUAGACGAAGGUCAUUCAGUGCCAUUGCCAUUGUCAGCAGUAGUGAAAAUCCUGAUGAAAUGACCAAGACCACAGCUGAUGAGAGUAAUGAGACAACAUAUCAAAAAGCUCUCCUGCAACUAAAUAGAAUUUCAGUAGAGUCCCAAAUGUAGCCUGCAAAGGCACAUACAAGUGGAUUACCCCUCUACCCACAAGUUUUCUCAAGAUGGCCACAAUGAGGCAAGUGGCUUGAGGUGACAUAAAAAGAAAUGAAGUUUUUGAAAGUCAAGUUUUUGGGUUUUUUGUUAUACACAUGAAUGGGGGUAAGGAUAGGAGAUAGGUAUGAUUAAUGAAUAUAAAUAGAAAUUUCAAAUUAUUUUCACAAUCAAAAUGUUUCAAAAUCUAUUAGAAAUGUACUUAGGAAGCAAAAUCAACAGCUUUUAAUUGCAUCUCCUUUCUCUGUCCCUGGCUAUUAUACAAUGAAGGAGACAUUGAGCAGUAAAAUAAUAAAAAUUAGAAUUCAUACAAUUCAUAGUGCUUUAUGAUUUACAAAGCACUUUCUUGAUAGCAAUCUGGGAGGAAAGUGAUGCAAUUAUUAAUAUACCCAUUUUACAGACAAAGAAACUAAUCAGAGAGAAUGAGUGAUUUACCCAGUGUCACACUGCCACUAAAGAGUGUGGGAAGGUGAUACUGGAAUCAGAAUUUGAACCUAUAUAUUUUGACUUCAAGCCCAGGAUUCUUUUCCUUCUUCUGCUUUCAAAGUGCCUAAGAUACUAGUUAAAGACUUGACAAGUGCCAUCUGAUAUUCUGGUGGUGAUUUCUUGCUUAGCUCUAGAUUGCUCAAAAUUAUUUCGUUACCCUGGAGUAAGUGGAAGAUGCUAUUUUUUUCUAAAAUAGUCCAUAUUCCUUCAGAUCUCCAGUGGCAUAAAUGGUGAGUUUGAGGUGAUGAUAUGAAAUUGUGGUAAUUGAUACACCAUGAUCUCAUGGGAAACUUAAGUUCAAUAUUUUACACACACCCUCACCUACUUUUUGACCCAUGAUUGUCAUCAUAAACCACUUUAUUCAUGGAAAUGAUAAAGGCAAGGAACAUAAACAAUAAAUUUUAAAUUAUUAUUACCCCAAAAUGACAAUAGGGAGAGGGGCUAAAGGGGGGGGGGGGGAUAGAUGCAAUGACAUAUAAGACUUUUAAACUUAUUCUUGAAAUUAAAAUAUAACUGUGUAUAUCUAAAAUUUGUACUCCUGAUUAUCCAUAGACAUUGUUGGAACUUAGUUUCAUGGCCAAGGAAAAUAUUGCUCUCCAUAUCUGCCACCAUUGAAUAAUAUGCAAAUGGCUGAUUUGUAGAUUGGAACAAAUUUUCUUAUGACUGAAGACUCAUAUUUUUGAUUUUCAUGUGAAAGUUUUAUUUUCUUAUCUAGGAAAAAUUCUAUUUUGAAAUGAUUACUGCAAAAAAUUUAUCCUAAACAGAAUGUUUAUCCUUGAUAAGUAAUUUAGAAACAUUUGAAAACUAUAUCUAUGUAUGGCAAAUUGAGUGAUUAAGAGAUAAUUAUAGAGACAGGGAUUAUUUUAGAUCAAAAGGAGGAUAAUCAUGAUAAUUUCUUCUAUUGUAACUCCAAUUAUUUAGAAAAAAGAAAUAUUAUAAAACUUGCAGUAUACUAUUAUAUUGAGUCAGUGGCUACCUUCAGAGUUCUCUGUAGGAAUGCAUUGGGUGUUAAAUAGGUUAUAAUCUCUUACAUCAGAUUUUUAUUGUCCCUGAAAUUACAUGAUCUCACUGAUGCUUCAUCUAGACUAAGAAUUGAUUCAUAUAAAGUGAAACUGGAAUCACCAACAUAGAAACUUAUAAAUUUUUCAGUGCCUACUUAUAAGCAAUUAGAGGUUAUUAAGGAGCAUAACCAAAAUACCCCUAUUAAAAAAAAGAAUUAAAGGAAUGUGCAAGUUACAACCUGCAAAACAAAUGCUCUGCAAAAAUGCUGUGAAGUCUAAUUUCUUUGAUCCAACAUUUAGAAUUCUUGCUUCUUUCUUGUCUUACUGUUACCUAUGUCACAUUUACUUUUAUAAAUUUAUGUGUCCAGGUUUACUCAUAGCAAUUAGGUAUGUAAAGGGAGCCCAUGAAAUCAGCUUAGUUGAAAAAUUACUUUUUUCCAGUUUUAUUUGUAUAGACUCAGCUCAAAUUCUCUCACAUUUUCACUUGGGUAGAAGUUGUCCAUUCACACUGCUUGCUUCUAUUGUAUUUUGUUCAAAAUUGACUCAUUAUAGCUCCUUUGCAAGUAAAUCCAAUUUUGGAAUAUGUGAAUCUCCAAAUAUUUCCAUUUAGUUUAAGUGGAUUGUAAACAUUAUUUAAAGUCAAAACA